ACAAUGAUAGCUUUAGCCGUGGCUACUCUGACUGGUGAUGCUGUCUUACAUCUUUUACCACAGGCUGUGGGUCUCCACACCCACGACAGCAGCGAUCACAGCGCUCAUACGCCUACGAGCCCGGAGAUGGCGUAUAUCUGGAAGUGUCUCGUUGUCGAGAUGGCCAUCUACGUCUUUUUCGUCUUCGAGCAGCUGACGAGUUUCACGAAGUGUGGUCACUCCCAUCACAGCCAUACACAAUCCGCGGAUGUGGAGAUGGCAGCUAAGGGCCAACGAGGGCGUGCUUUGUCGGGACAAGAAUCAUUUGCUACUGGCAAAAAUGGAGUAUCUCACUCAGAAUCGAAGAUGGAACUAACAGCUAAUGAGGCAAAGGCAUUUGAAACUGAAACACCUCUCCCGACCGAAUAUACUGAUUGCUGUGUAAGGGGUAAGUUUUGA